UCCUUCCUUCCCUACUUAUACCCUCACAUUCUCUCUAUAUUCCAUACACAAACACAACACACUCAACCUACGAAAACCAAACAAACAAACAAACAAACAAACCUUGACACAGAAACUAUGGGUUCACUCCCUCAAAUAGUAGAGGAUUGCAUGGGAGUUCUCCAACUUUUCAGCGACGGCACCGUUUUCCGUUCUGAAAACAUUAACUUCAAAGACCCUGUUGUCCACGACAACUCUGUCCUCUUCAAAGACUGUCUCUUUGACGAAAAACUAAACCUCCAUUUGCGUAUGUACAAGCCCACCUCAACAAAAAUCAAUGGUAGUAUUAACACUAAUAAGCUCCCCAUCAUUGUGUUCAUCCAUGGUGGUGGCUUCUGUGUUGGCUCACGCACGUGGCCCAGCUCUCACAACUGCUGCGUCCGCCUUGCUUCCGGCCUUGACGCGCUCGUCGUGGCGAUUGACUAUCGCUUGGCGCCCGAGCAUAGGCUUCCGGCUGCUAUGGACGAUGCAGUGAGUGCAGUGAAGUGGUUACAGUGGCGGAGCCAGAAUUUGAGCGAUGGUGGUGAUGAAUGGUGGAGUGGUACGUUUGACUUUGACCGGGUUUUCAUAGUGGGAGACUCGUCAGGUGGGAAUAUUGCCCAUCAUUUGGCGGUCAGGUUCGGGUCGGGUGAACUGGAUCCGGUGGGAAUACGGGUACGAGGUUUUGUGUUGCUGGCGCCGUUUUUUGGUGGAGAGGUUCGGACAAAGUCAGAGGAGGGGCCAUCUGAAGAAUUGUUGACCUUGGAGAUACUUGACAGGUUUUGGAGGCUGUCGCUACCAGCAGGUGAAAAUAGAGACCAUCCAUUUGCGAACCCAUUUGGACCUGCGAGCCCGAGGCUUGAAUCCCUGGCACUUGACCCUAUUUUAGUAGUUGUAGGGGGCAGUGAAUUGUUGAAAGAUAGAGCCGAGGACUAUGCCAAGAGGUUAAAAGAACUCGGAAAGAAAAUUGAAUAUGUAGAGUUUGAGGGAAAGCAACAUGGUUUCUUCACUCAUGAUCCGUUCUCAGAAGUCGCAAAUGAAGCCAUUCAAAUUAUUAGACGAUUCAUGCUUGAAAAUUCUAACUAGGAGAGUUAGAAUCAUGUCAAUUCAGACUCUUAUAAUAUUUAGUGAAAUGUGUAAGUAUAAUGUGUCAGUGUGGGUAUGGAGUGAGUUUCUUCUUGUGUUUGUAAGCCAUUGUAAACCUUCUUUGAUAUCUUAAGAGAUGGGGCCUAGUAUGAACUUUCGGUCUUAUCUAUACCACGCCCACCUCAUCCAACCUCAUCACGUGUGGGUCUAGAUCAGUUUUACCUUGAGAUAUUUUGAGCUAUUAAAAGUUAUUUGUGACCAUUGGAUCAGCCCGUAAUUUAGCUUCCUUUGUAAACUAAAUUAUUAUGUUGUUGUUGCUCUCUCUCUAGAACAAUAACAAUGUUAUUUUCUUCUCCUGAAA